AUGGGUAUCCGCAAUGUACAGGGAGAGGGUCUUCAGCGCAUGAUUGCCGUCCUUGGCGCGGUCGCUUUUCUGAUUCAAGGAUAUAAUCAGUCUGUUAUGAAUGGCUUCACUACACUGCCCAGUUUCCUGGCUGCGAUUCCGCAGGUCGAUACUGUUAAUACUACAGGCGCGCAGGCGUCGCAUAAUUCCACAAUCCUAGGUCUCGUGGUGGCUAUCUUUGAACUGGGCUCUGCUAUUGGUGCUCUCUCAUGCCUGGCUAUUGGUGAUAGGCUCGGUCGUCCCAAGACAAUGUUGGUAGCUGGAUUUAUCUGCAUAAUAGGAGUGGUGAUACAAGCAUCUACCUACUCCCUUGCGCAAAUUCUAGUUGGCAGGAUUGUAACCGGUGUUGGAAUCGGUCUUUACACAGGAACUGUUCCUAUGUACGUGAGCGAGUCAUCCAGUGCCACAAAGCGAGGACAGCUUGUACUGGUAGAAGGUGUCUUUGCACUAAGUGGUCUGGCUAUCGCAUCAUGGGUCAACUUCGGCAUGUUCUAUACAACAGGCUCAGUCAGUUGGAGGUUCCCCAUUGCCCUCCAGCUGGUUUUCAUCAUUAUUAUCGUUUCGCUCACCCCAUGGCUCCCGGAAUCUCCUCGAUAUCUGGUCAAAAAGGGAAGAAUUGAAGAAGCGACCGCUAUUAUGGCAAGAUUGCUGGGUCUUUCCGAGGAUGACACUCAAGUGUCCAACGAGAUUGCUGUGAUACAAGCCGCCCUUGCCCGGGACAUCGGGCAUCGCGAAAAGCACUCCGCCAAUCCUUUCUCAAUGAACGAGAACAGACAUCUCCACCGACUGUUGAUCGCAGCUACUGGAACCAUGAUCACUCAAAUGACCGGUAUCAACGUGAUCGCGGGAUAUUCCACAUCCAUCUUCGAGGAAACUCUUGGUUACUCAGGCAGCGAUGCCAGAAUUUUCUCUGCCUGUCUGCAGAUGGCUUUGGCACUAGGAGCCUUGACCGCAAUCUUCCUGGUCGACCGAAUUGGCCGUCGCCCAAUGAUGAUAUUCUCCACAGGCUCCAUGGUUAUUGCUCAGGCAGCGGUUGCAGGCUUGACUUCGGAUCUGACAAAUCCUGCUACUGGCAAAGCAGCUGUUUUCUUCUACUUCUUCGCCAUGUACUUCCUCCCUAUUGGCAUGUUCAUUAUGCCUUUCAUGUACGGGUCUGAAAUUGCUCCUCUAUCGAUCCGUCACAUUCUUGCAGCGGUCACAGCCGUGUCUAGCUGGCUUUUCAACUUCAUGGUGGCUGAAGUCACUCCCGUUGCGCGCGAAAAUAUUGGUUGGAAGUACGACAUCGUGUAUGCAGCGACCAGCGCAGCAGGCUGUGUUCUCAUCUACCUGUUCUUCCCAGAGACACGAGGUCGGUCAUUGGAGGAGAUUGAUGAGAUUUUCCGUCAAUCCAAGUCUAUCUGGGAUCCUGUCCGUGUGGCCAAGGAGCUUCCCGUCGGUUUCGAUGUUCUGGAGAUAAUCGAUCCUUCUUCAAAGGAAGCUUCGAGCCGUACGGAGGUGGCAUAA